AACACAUUAUCUUCACAAAAGUAUAAGAGGCUAUUUUCCUUUAAUACCUUUUCAAAUGUUUUGGCAUUGCAUCUGAAGUAAUUUUAUUACUAUUUAGAAAUUUUAAGCUAUUUUGCCAUUUUCCUAAUGCACAUUUCUUAGCAACUACUUCCAUCAGGAACAUUCUGCCUUUAUGUAUGUGCUUCACAAAGAAAUCCCCUCUAUAACUUGCAAGCAUGAAUAUCAGAAAGCAGAUUAGACAGCUCCCAAUUUGAACUUCUUCACAAUUUUCACUGUAAAUUACACUUUUUAUUCUUGAUUGAACAAUAUACCCCUUACUUGCUGGGUGUUGUAUUCUGUCUACACUGGAGCACGUUCUCUUUUCAUCUUUUAAAAAAGCUUGUGACUGGCCUUUUUGCAAAAAAUGUCUGACCUCAAGAAGUGACCAGGUCCAUAGCCAAUGUUUUCAAAAUCACUGCAAAAUUCCAUUUUUUAAUUUUUUAUUUCACUUUCAGUUUUCAUUUACUUUCAACAUGUCUUUUUCUUUAGUAAAAAGAAAAAAUUUAAACCAGCACACAAACUGGUUUUCUAGUGAAGCUGAAUACUAGAACUUAAAUGCAAAGAUGAAAAUAAAGAGAUGAUUGAAAAAAGUCUGCUGUCCCAAGUUCCUUAAACACCGUACAGAAGUGCCCUUACAAAACGAUGUCUUGUUUCUGGUGAAAUGGAUUCUUCCUUUAUCUGAUGUCAAAUGACUAAAUUAUUGUUUCCCUGAGACAGACUCUUGGCUAGGAUUUCUACCUGUCUUUAUACUUACUUAGUGAAAGGUGUCUGUGACUAUUCACUUUCACAGAAAGAAGAAAAGCAGAGGAGAGAAUCCACAUCUUCAAGAGGCUAAGUAAGGGACAGAGAAUCAAGAUGGCCUGGAAAAUGUACAGAAUUAAUGCCAGAAAGUCAAAUGUUCACCUAGGGAUCAACUGGGAAGAAACAAAGGAAAACUGAAUGUGCAGUUAAAGAACAGCCUCAUUUUUUUUCUAGAUGACCCUCCAGGAGUCUCAAAGAAGCUCUCCCUUAGCAACAGCCCUGAAGUUCCAGAAACUGUCCUCAGCCCUGAUGGUCAGCUCCUGCUUCUGCCUGAGAAUCAGACUUCCUGCUGAGCCUUCACACCAGGAAAAUGCAUGUGGCUCUGGUGGCAGCAGAUGUGACACUGCUUCUAAGCCUGGGGUGGACCUCAGACUGUCUCUGCUCACCCACCGUCUUUUACCGAGACUGCUGGAUCCGUCGCUUCCCAGGUCUUCUGAUUGACCUGGAGGAGUCUCAGAAGCUGGGAGCCCAGUUCCUGAAGUAUUACGCUGAGAGCACUGGCCGGAAAUGCAGCAGGAGCUGCUGCCUUCGGAAGGAUGUGGCCUGUAACCUGGCUGUCUUCUACCAUGACCCUGCUCAUGACAAUGUCAACUGCCUCCACGUUCACUGCCCAACACUGGAGAGCUGCAUGUUAGAGCCCGGGACCGGUGCCAUCUUAUACAACAUUACAGACGGUAUAGAUCCAGAUUUGCUGGUCUUUGGACAGUCUCCUCCCACAUAUUUAAAUACCCGUUCAUCUAACACACGGGACAGACUAAGAAUUCUAAAAGCUACAAAUGCAGAUAAACAACAAACCACCAUGGUAAACCAAGUACUGCCAUCAGGAGUGGCUCCAUCAUCAACCACCCAUCACGACUGGCUUGUAAACACAAACAAUACCAAGUAUUCCGAGGAAUCAACCGCAGAGUCCAAGGAAUUCACCACAGAUUCUUGGGCAAGAUUCAUUUCCCUGAAUGAGUCCAUUGCCACCAAGGUCAGUGAGAUGUCCCUCAGUAAUGAUUUUACCAGCAGCCCAGAUAACAAGACUAUUUCUCCUUUCUUUGUGCCCACAGACACAAAACUUUUUCAUAUGCCUAUUCCAUCCCAGCUCAACAGUAGCAAACAAUUACUGAAUAAAACCAAGGGGUACAACAUGAGAAACCACACGCCUGAGAAUGAAGAUGUGACACCUGAUGGGGCAUUUGUGACUUCAAACACCUGGCUGGUUCUUGUGGCCCUUUGUACCUCUGUCAUCUGUCUUUGCUGUUGCAUAGCCAUCCUGGUCUAUGCAUGCUGUCGAAAGCAGCAGAGCCAGUAUAAACCAGGACAGAGAGUCAGGAUUCAGGCAAAUUAAAAAAUGUAACACACUCUGAGAACUCUUUGAUAGUAAAAGUUGUAGAGAUUGUAAGCUUUCAAGAGUAUCAUUUUCAGAUUUUUUUUUUAAAGACCAGGGUAGUUAAAAAAAAAAAAAAGUGAUUUCAUAGGAUGCAUGCUCCUACCAACCCCUAAAAAAGGAUGAUGCUUGGUAAACCUAACAGCUUUUCUUAGUUUACAUUUUUUGAAUAAUGUACCCUUUGCCAAAGUUCCAAAAUUCUGACCCCUGCAGUUGUUAGCACUGUGCGAGCAUUCUAAGUGCUGUACACACAUUGACUCAUUGAAUCCUUACAACUGAGUUAUAUUUUUCUUAACCAUUAUACUGUAUCACAUUUUACAGAUGAGGAAACAGAGAAGAGCGGUGAAGUAUCUUGCCUAAAGUCACACAGCUAGUAAUGAAGCCAGAACUUAAUAGGCAGUCUGGCUCAAAAAUCCAUGCUCAAAAUCAGUUAGAUGAGAAGCCUCCAUUUUCCCAAUAAGCAUAGAAAAAAGAUGCUAGGAGUAAAACAUCCAAUUUGUCUCCCAUCAAGGUCUAAUUAUUGUCACCUCUGUUAAUAAAAUCUUUCAGUGAUUUGAACAAAAAAAGAGAACUAUUAUAGUUACUAAUCCAUGAGCAAAUGUGUCCUGAUUAUUAUACAGUUUACUGUUC